AUGCUCCACCCGACAGAAGGCCGACUCAAGAUCGGCGGUAUCUCGGUCCGGCGCAUCCCGUCGCCCACGUUCAAGCUCAAGAUCGAGACCAACCUGGACGCCGACGGCAACUGCACCGCUCUGGAUGCGCGACAAGAAGUCGGUCUCUGGGGCGAUGAGGUCGUGCUCAGCAAGAGAAUCCCAAGGGAAGAGGUGCAAGAGGACCAGCUCAUUGGCCAAGGAGCGUUCGGCCAAGUCUUCGCGGGCUCCUUCAGGGGCGACAAAGUCGCAGUGAAGAAGCUGCUGCCGCAGACCCAGACGAACGACGACCACGUCGACGGCUUCCUGGCCGAAGUCAAGAUCACCUCGACGCUCCACCACCCGCACAUUGUGCGCUUCGUUGGCGUCGCGUGGGCGUCCGUAUCCGACCUGUGCGUGGUCCAAGAGUUCAUGGAGGGCGGCGACCUGCGCUCGCUGCUGGACCGGUACGAAGCGGAGCGUCACGCCGUCGGCUUCGACCGGCAGAAGACACAGAUCGCGAUGCAAAUCUGCAGUGCGCUCGCGUACAUGCACUCGCUGUCGCCGCCGGUCAUCCACAGCAACCUCAAGUCGAGGAACGUGCUGCUGAGCGGGGCGAUGGAGGCCAAGGUGACCAACUUCGGCACGUCGCCCAAGAGGACGUACCGGACGCCAACGGAAGCCAAGAACAUGACGCUCUGGAUGGCGCCAGAGGUCAUCCUCGGUGAGAUACACAGCACCGACGCCGACAUGUUCUCGUUCGGCGUCGUGCUGUCGGAGCUGGACAUGCUCUCGGCUCCGUAUGGCCAGGCCCGGCAACAAAUCCGCGACUCCAGUUGGCGCCCGCUGCAGGACGCCGACAUCCUGCAGAAGGUGACGAAGGGGAGUCUCCGCGUGGUCUUCUCCGAGUCGGGCCCCAUGACGCUGGCAGAACUUGGGCGCGCGUGCGUGUCUGUAAAUCCUCUCAAGCGCCCGACGGCGUCUGAAGCGCUGUACAGGCUCCAGACCAUUUUGGCUCAAGAGCUGGCGUAAGAGCCACCCGCAGCUCCGUGGCCCGAGUCGCGAUCGUCUUUCUUUCGCGUACCCCUCGAUAGACUUUGUGUGUACAUUUUG